GAAGGGGAGAAUAAACAGCCCCCUCAGAGAAAGCGCCUCCUGCUCUUCCCUCAGCCGCCAACGCCGAGGGCUCUGCCGACGCUUGCGCACUGAAAGCCCGCCCCGGCUGGCUGGUCGGCAGGCACAGCGCGCGGCGUACGGGGCCUUGACCGGAGGCGCCGCUGCCUGGCGAGGAGCGCAUGAGAAGGCAACCGGCCGCUUCCUCUUUCGCCGGGGGUCUCUCUGCCGCCAGCGCCAUCAUGUCGGAGCGGCUCAGCAAGCCCACGUGCCUUAUUGUGGCCAGCGCGGCCGCUGCAGGUGUGUCUGCUGACUCCUUUCUUCAUUCUUUUACACUGGCAAGUGCUGCUUUUAAUCUGCAGGUUGCUACCCCUGGGGGAAAACCUAUUGAUUUUGUUGAUGUUAAUGAGGCAAACAUGCGUUGGAUCCAGGACUUUCGUAUGAAAUCCUAUGCAAAUCCUGCCAAGCUGGAAUCAACUGAUGGUGCCCGAUACCAUGCGCUGUUGAUUCCUGAUUGUCCUGGUGCUAUGACAGACCUGGCUAACAGUGGUUAUUUAGCUAGGAUAUUGCAGCAUUUCACCUCUGAAAACAAACCCAUUUGUGCCAUUGGACAUGGAGUUGCUGCCUUAUGCUGUGCUACAAAUGAGGACAAAUCUUGGGUAUUUGAAGGAUACAGUUUAACGGGGCCCUCUGUGUAUGAACUGAUCAGGCUGCCUAGUUUUGCUGCCUUGCCCAUUAUUGUGGAGGACUUUGCAAAAGAUUCUGGAGCCAACUUCAGUGCCAGCAAAGCAGAUGCAGUACAUGUUAUCUUAGAUCAGCACCUUGUCACUGGACAGAAUGAAAACUCUACAGUUGCAGCUCUCCAGAAUCUUAUUUUUCUCUGCAGUACCAAAAAAUGAUGGGGCAAGGUCUCUUUGUAACUGAUGAAUAUAGAAGACUUUUUGUUCUGGAAGAUCCUUGUCUAAUGGAGAUAACUAGCAUCAGUUUGUGCACUUUCGUAUGUUGGCCUCUGUAAAUAAGACACAGACGCCAACAAGAUUUUCUAAAGAUGGACUAUGUAAAGCUUGAUAAGGUAUAUAUAUUAAACCUUCAGGCAUUGGAAGAAAUGUAUGCUGUUUAUUGUUCCUAAUACAUAUUAAAACAGUGUAUGUGUAUAAACCUA